UUCAUGAAAAGGUGGAGUUUAAUUCAUGUAACCUAAUUUAUUCGUUGCAAUCUAAUAAUGUUUAUAAAUACUUAAAAUCUGACAUAUGUUGCGUGAUAAUCGAGCGGCCAUUAAUAAUUGAAUUAUGUAGAGGUUAUUUAAUUAUUAAGUAUAUACCACAAUGCUGAUUGAUGUUACGUUGUGAUUAUAAUAUGAAAUAAUAGUUCAUUUAAAUGAAAUAACAUAAUUUGAGGAAAAUGACAACUGGCCAAAGCGGGCACGAUCAUUCGUUAGCAAUUCGACAGGAAAUUCAACGUUUUGAAAGUGUACAUCCAUCGAUAUAUGCCAUUUAUGAUUUGAUUGAUUUAAUAUCAGAUACGCAUAUUGCUAAACAAAUACGUGAACAUGUCGUUGCUAUUGAAGAUUCAUUUGUGAAUAGUCAUGAAUGGACAUUGGCUAGAAAUGUUCCAGAAUUACAUUUAGGAAUUAUUGGUUCAUCUGAUUCAGGAAAAUCUGCAUUAGUUCAUAGAUAUUUAACUGGUUCGUUUAUGCACGAAGAAUCUCCCGAAGGGGGACGUUUUAAAAAAGAAAUAUUUAUCAAUGAUCAGAGUUAUUUGCUUUUAAUAAGGGAUGAGGGUGGUGUACCAGAAACGCAGUUUUCUGCUUGGAUAGAUGCACUAUUGUUAGUAUUUAGUUUGGAAAGUGAAGAAAGUUUUUCUAUACUAUGUCACUUUUACAAUAGAAUGUGCUCUUUUCGUAACAUGUCAGAAAUACCAAAAAUACUUGUUGGCGUACAAGAUUCAAUUAACGAUAGUAAUCCACGUGUGAUAAAAGACGUAAGGCCACGAAAAUUAGCAUGCGAUUUGACAUGUCCGUAUUAUGAAACGUGCGCUAUUUAUGGCUUAAAUGUUGAAAGAGUUUUUCAAGAUGUUUGUCAAAAAAUUAUUCAAAGUAUAUCAACGAAAAACUUUAGAUGCAACGGACAAUAUUCUAUCGAAAAUGAAAUCAAAUAUCCUGUACCGAUGACACCGAAAAAUGUACAAUUGGUUUCAAAAGAAAUGGAGAUGACAAAUACAUUAAAAGUUGAAGGAUCAGAAAAAGAUGAAGAUUCUAGAUCUAUUCAUAAUAGUAAUACCCAAAGUGAAUCAGGUAUGAAUGAUGGUUUUCAUAAUACGCAGAAUCAACAUGGAGAAUUAAGAUCUUCUAUUUUAACUCCAACUACUAUUAGAAAAUUUAGAAGAAAGUCUAAUAUAUUUACACCAUCGAAGAAAGAAAAAUAUAACAUGGGAGAAAUGGGCGUUGGCAGAGAGAUACCAGUUAAACAAGGUUAUUUAUUUAAAAGAAGUAGUAAAUCUUUAAAGGAAUGGAAAAAGAAAUACGUAACGUUGUUAGAAGAUGGACGUUUAACUUAUCAUUCAAGUUUACACGAUUAUAUGAAUGAUAGCAAUGGUAAAGAGAUAUUGUUACAAUACGUAACUGUAAAAGUGCCUGGAAAAACUCCAAAAGGUUCAAAAUUAUCAAAUACUCAAGAAGAUAGUUUUGAAUUUUCAAUCAUCUCGUUAGAAAAUAAAACAUGGCAUUUUGAAGCUAAUAAUGCUGAAGACAGAGAGAGCUGGAUUUCUGCUAUUGAACAACAAAUACUUUCUAGUUUGCAAAAUAGUGACGGUGAGAAGAAAAAUGAGACGGAUGCUUUUAAAAUGCAUUGUAUAAAAAAUAAAGUAUCUGGAAAUGACGCGUGUGUCGAUUGCGGUGCGCCUAAUCCAGAUUGGGCCAGUUUAAAUUUAGGUGUACUAAUGUGCAUUGAAUGUUCUGGUAUACAUAGAAAUUUAGGAUCGCAUAUUUCAAAAGUUAGAUCAUUAGACUUGGAUGAUUGGUCCGCAGGUCAAUUAAGCGUAAUGUUAGCUCUUGGUAAUGACAUAGUAAAUAGUAUCUGGGAAUAUUGUUUAAAUGGAAAACAAAAACCAAAUCCAGAAUCAACGAGAGAAGAAAAGGAACAAUGGAUUAGAUGGAAAUACGAAGAGAAAUCAUUUUUAACACCGAUUAAUCCAAAUAUUUCGUUAGGAAAAAUCCUUAUUGAUUCCGUUUGUCGGGGCGAUAUGAGAGCAUUCACAUUAUGUUUAGCUAGAUGUAGUUACGAAGAUAUUAAUAUCUCUGUCAGCACUGAAGAUUUACGAACGCCCCUUCAUUUAGCUUGUGCAACAGGAAAUUUAGCUAUGGCUCAACUUUUAAUUUGGCAUAAAGCAAAUCCGCAAAAUUUAGAUCACGAAGGUCGAACGUGCAUGUCUUAUGUACGAGCACUUGAACGAACACUUGACAGUUCCUCGGAUUCGAUGGAAAUGCAAAAACUUCUCGAGGUAUUGGAACAAGCUAGUAUUUCCGGUGUAGAGGAUGUAGAAACAUCACAGUAUUAACAUUUUAAUAAUACUUUUAAUAAAAAUAAAUCAUGUGUACUUAUUGUAUAAAAAUCAAACAAACAAA